GUUUUUGUUUCCAGUUUUGUGGUCAUCCCAGAGGGAUGCUGGGUAUUCAUACCUGGAGGAGUUCAGCUUUGUUUUCCUUGCGGAGCUGUGUCAUGUCCUAUGAAAAUUGGUUUUCAGAUAUUUCAGCCAGAUUCACAGCAUGUGAGACUUGGACAUCAUGAUGUGCUGCUCAGUAGCACCUUGGAGCUUCAGCCUCAUGGCAUUCAGUUUCAUCAGGAUAUUGAAAUCACUAUUCCCUUCACUUAUCUGAAGCGUGUGCGAAAACGAGAGGUGGUCAUUAGGACUUUCGGCGACUCAUCAGAAACAUGGACAGAUCUGAGCACUACAACAAAGGAAAAGUCAGUGCGUGAGAUGGUAGCCAUCUGCAGGACCACUCACUUCUCCUGGUUCCUUGUGGUCUCACGUUUAGUAGAAGAUCGAUGUGAGGUGCCUGUUGAAGGAGAGCUCCUCUUCUCCACUGUGGACCAGAAUAUUCGGGUUGAAUUUCCAGCUGGGUCAACUCAGAGGACCCGAACAAUUCGUAUGCAGGUUUUACCAGUUACCAGAAGUUUACUGCAGGAGAUCACAGGAGACAAUUCAUCAUCUACAAGCCCACUCUUAUGUCUUUCACAGAGUUCAACAGACAACUUCCUACGUCCUGUAAAAAUCCAGCUGCCGCUGCCACCAGGAGUGACAGGUGAUUCUUUGGAUCGAUCACACUUAUUCCUCUUGCAUGGUGAUCCGCAGGCACAGACCUGGACAGAUAUUACCAAUCUGGUUGUGUUACAGAUUACUCAUAUUUACGCCCACUUCCAGGUGGAUCAUUUCUCUUGGUACUGGCUAUGGUACACCACAAAAUCCUAUGUGGGUGAGCUUGCAAAAACUGUGUAUAAGCGCCUUCGUAUGUACCAGGUAAACUUUGUAGCUCUACAGAGGAAACGAGACCCAGAACAAGUGUUGCUGCAAUGCGUCCCCAAACAUAAGGUGGACUCCACAGUGAAGAAGCUUCGGGAUAGAUAUAAAGGCCCUGAGCCCUCUGAACUAGUAGAACUUGUAGAAGGGGAGCAGUUCUUUGCUGCAUUUGAACAGGGGCUAAAGCUGCAUUCAGAGCGACCAGAUUGUGUGGAUGGAAAAAUAUCUUUUGUGUUCUAUGCAAAAAUGAAAAACAUAAAGGAAGUAUAUGUGACUUCAUUUACUGACAGGAAGCAAGAGGAUGUUAAAGGGCAGGUGUCUUUUUACCGUGGAUCGGUUCCAGAAGCUGUACCUGAGGAAGCCACUAAACACAGAAAAGGCACAACAUCUGACUGGAUGGCCACAUUGCCUAUCAGAUUACCAAAAAUAAAAAGUCUUAACUGGAAGGAUGAAAGGCAAAGAAUUAGCUACACACUGAGUCCCUUGAAUUUAGGCAAUGCCGAGGUUGGUUACCUCACAGAAACCAACUUGCUCAGUAUUGCCACUCAGAUUGGAUCAGACUGGAUGAACAUUGGCAUUAACCUUGGUCUGCCCCACACAGAAUUACAACGUAUUAAGUAUAACAACAGCAAUGAUUUUAAUCAGCUGGUAUUAGAUAUGCUGUUUACGUGGGCACAGAAGAACUCUACAGAGCCAGACUGCAUAGAGAAGCUUGUGCAGGCCAUGCGGAAAAGCAAGAGAAAUGACAUAGCAGAUGAAAUAGAAGAUGUGAUUGCUUUAGGAAAAGAAAAGUACAAACAGUCCAUCCAAAGAGUAGGUCUUGACCAAGGCAACAGCAGUGAAGACUCAGCCAUUGUCAUGAGCCAGUCAUGA